AUGACGGAAAUAAUGGCACUAAGUGGAAACUGUAGGACUAACCCAAAAGAGCAAGCAUCGGUUCAGAACAGUUUCCCAGAUGUUGUUGAAUUAAACGUAGGCGGGCAGGUUUACUACACGCGUCACUCAACUUUGGUGAACAACCCGAGCUCUUUACUGGGUAAGUUAUUUUCCUCCAAAAAGGACGCGUCCAACGACUUGGCAAGAGACCCCAAAGGACGGUACUUCAUCGAUAGAGACGGCUUUUUAUUCAGAUAUGUGUUGGACUACCUCCGUGACAAGCAGGUCGUACUGCCGGAUCACUUCCCGGAGCGAGGGAGGCUCAGGAAGGAGGCGGAGUACUUCCAGCUGCCCGACCUAGUGAAGCUCCUGACCCCGGAGGAUUUCAAAACUAGCCCGGAUGACUACUUCCACAGUGAUUAUGAGGACGGGUCUCAAGGUAGCGACCACCGGCAGUGCCCGCCCCCCUCUCUCGUCCCCGCGGAUAGAAAGAGUGGCUUCAUCACAGUGGGGUACCGGGGCUCGUGCACCAUGGCCCGGGAGAGUCAAAGCGACGCCAAGUUCAGGAGAGUACCCCGGAUACUGAUAUGCGGACGCGUGGCCCUCGCCAAAGAAGUUUUCGGGGAGACCCUGAACGAGAGCCGGGACCCGGACAGGACCCCGGAUCGGUACACGUCCCGGUUUUACCUCAAGUUCAAGCACCUGGAGAGAGCGUUUGACAUGCUGUCGGAGUGUAGUUUCCAGAUGGUGGCCUGCAACUCGUCAGUCACGGCCUCGAUGGUCAACCAGCUCACUGAGGACAAAGUUUGGUCCAGCUACACAGAAUACGUCUUCUACCGUGGUUCAUCCCGUUGGUCAUCCCCUCCUUGUGACUGCUGCUGCAAGAACCACAAAGGCGAUGGCGAGGGCGAGAGUGGUACUUCUUUCAAUGACCUCUCUACUUCGAGCUCUGAAAGCCAGUCAGAAGCCAGCUCUCCACAGGGAACAGUCAUCUGCGGCCCAGUCAACCGUCAGUCGCACCCCCACAAUGUUCAAACCCUGGACCGGCCCUUGAAAAAGGGCCCUGUCGCUAUGCUCCAACAGUCAGAACAGCGGCGAAAGAGCGACUUGCUGCGCACUCUAACAGCCAGCUCCCGUGACACCAGCACUUCUAAGAAAAGGCCUGCGAAAGAGAAGCUGACAGUGGAGGAGGAGCUGGAAAAGUGCAUUCAAGACUUCCGCAAGAUCAAGAUCCCAGAGAGGUUUCCUGAAAGGAAGUACAACUGGCAGGCCGACUUGCUGAGAAAGUAUCGCCUCUGAAUCAGGAUACAGGAUAAAAGGUGUGGACACAUGAGGCCAAGGAUCAGUUUACAUGUUUUUUUGAUGAAGACUUUUGCAACAAAAGGGAGCUAACACAAAAUGUACUCAAACUUGGUUUCUUUGGGAAACUUUGUCUUUGUGCCAGUAGGUUGGAUGUGAA